AAACAUCGCAACAAAGGGAGUCGGGGGCGUGGGAGCAGCCGCGUCCCCGCCGUCAGUGAGGCAGUCCACCGAAACACACCACGAUGUCACGAUGAAUGCGUAACGCUACACACACUAACCGAACGCAAAACACACUCGUAAAGUAGAUUUUGCUGAUCGAUAAAAACGGUAGGGAAGAGGCAAAACAAAAACGCUGGAUUCAUUUCUGACGUCAUAUGUCGUCACCGGCCCGUUAGCUGCUGUCGCCCGGGCAGCUCCACGCGCGCGAACGGCGAGGGCGGAGUGACAAAGAGGGAGGGGAGGAGGAGGAGGAGGAGGAGCAGCAAGGGAGUGUAAGCUGGCGAUAACAGGCACGGCGUGGAAGCUGCGUGACACCUCAGCCGGCCUUGGUUGAAGCCAGGACCUGGAGUUCGGAAGAUCCGGGGAACCAUGGCUGUAAACCUGGACAAGGAAGCCUAUUACCGCCGGAUCAAGCGGUUAUACGCCAACUGGAAGAAAGGGGAGGAUGACUUCGGGAAGGUGGAUGCCAUCGUGGUGUCGGUGGGAGUGGAUGAGGAGAUUGUCUACGCCAAAUCCACUGCCCUGCAGACAUGGCUCUUCGGCUAUGAGCUGACAGACACCAUCAUGGUUUUCUGUGAAUCGAAGAUCCUCUUCCUGGCCAGCAAGAAGAAGGUGGAGUUCCUCAAGCAGGUGGCCAUUACCAAGGGCAAUGAGAAUGCCAACGGGCUGCCCCCCAUCACCCUGCUGGUGCGGGAGAAGAAUGAGAGUAACAAAGCCAACUUUGAGAAGAUGCUGGAGGCCAUUCGCGCCAGCAAGGAGGGGAAGACCGUGGGCGUCUUCAUCAAGGACAAGUUCCCCGGGGAGUACAUGAAGAGCUGGAAUGACAUGAUCACUGCGGAGGGCCUGGAGAAGGUGGAUAUCAGCGCGGCCGUGGCGUACACUAUGGCGGUGAAGGAGGACGGGGAGCUGGCUCUGAUGCGGAAGGCGGCGGGCGUCACCAGCGAGGUCUUCACCAAAUUCUUCAAGGAGAGAGUGAUGGAGAUUGUGGACGCAGACGAGAAAGUGCGUCACAGCAAGCUGGCCGAGUCGGUGGAGAAGGCCAUCGAGGAGAAGAAGUACCUGGGAGGGGCCGACCCCUCAACCGUGGAGAUGUGCUACCCCCCCAUCAUCCAGAGCGGGGGCAACUACAGCCUCAAGUUCAGCGUGGUCAGCGAUAAGAACCACAUGCACUUCGGGGCGAUCACCUGUGCGAUGGGGAUCAGGUACAAGUCGUACUGCUCGAACCUGGUGCGCACGCUCAUGGUGGAUCCGCCCCAGGAGAUGCAGGACAACUACAACUUCCUGCUGCAGGUGGAGGAGGCCCUGCUGAAGGAGCUCAAACACGGAGUGAAGCUGUGUGAUGCCUACAACUCAGUGGUGGAGUUUGUAAAGAAGGAGAAACCUGACCUGGUGGGGAAGCUGACCAAGAACCUGGGGUUUGUGAUGGGGAUCGAGUUUCGGGAGGGCUCCCUCGUGCUCAACAGCAAGAACCAGUACAAGCUGAAGAGAGGUAUGGUGUUCAGUGUGAGUCUGGGAUUGUCUGAUCUGGUGAAUAAGGAGGGGAAGAAGGAGGAGCAGAAGAAAUACGCCCUGUUCAUCGGAGACACCGUGCUGAUCAACGAGGAAGAUGCUGCCACGAUUCUCACUCCAGUCAAAAAGAAAGUCAAGAAUGUGGGAAUCUUCUUAAAGAACGAGGAUGAGGAGGAGGAUGAAGAGGAGGCGGAUGACGCAGAGGAGCUUCUGGAAAAAGGAGCGCGAGCGGCACUGCUCACAGACAGAACCCGGAAUGAAAUGACAGCAGAGGAGAGGAGGCGGGCCCACCAGAGGGAGCUGGCCAAUCAGGUGAACGAAGAGGCCAAGAGACGGCUGACGGAGCAGAAGGGGGGGCAGCAGAUCCAGAGGGCCCGCAAGUCGAACGUCUCUUACAAGAACGUCUCUCAGAUGCCCCGCGAGCGAGAGAUCCGGGAGAUGAAGAUCUUCAUCGACAAGAAGUACGAGACCGUCAUCAUGCCCGUGUUCGGCAUCGCCACGCCCUUCCACAUCGCCACCAUCAAGAACAUCAGCAUGUCGGUGGAGGGAGACUACACCUACCUGAGGAUAAACUUCUACGUCCCCGGCAGCUACCUGGGCCGGCAGGAGGGGAACAUCUUCCCCAACCCAGAGGCCACCUUCGUCAAGGAGAUAACGUACCGCGCCUCGAACCUGAAGUCGGCUGGCGACCCCGCGGUGCCCUCCACCAACCUGCAGAACGCCUUCCGCAUCAUCAAGGAGGUGCAGAAGCGCUACAAGACUCGCGAGGCCGAGGAGAAGGAGAAGGAGGGCAUCGUCAAGCAGGACUCGCUGGUCAUCAACCUGAACCGCAGCAACCCCAAGCUCAAAGACCUGUACAUCCGGCCCAACAUCGCCCAGAAGAGGAUGCAGGGCUCGCUGGAGGCCCACACCAACGGGUUCCGCUUCACCUCGGUGCGCGGGGACAAGGUGGACAUCCUGUACAACAACAUCAAGCACUCCAUCUUUCAGCCCUGCGACGGAGAGAUGAUCAUAGUGCUGCACUUCCACCUCAAGAAUGCCAUCAUGUUUGGGAAGAAGCGGCACACGGACGUGCAGUUCUACACAGAGGUGGGGGAGAUCACCACGGACCUGGGGAAGCACCAGCACAUGCACGACCGCGACGACCUGUACGCCGAGCAGAUGGAGAGGGAGAUGAGACACAAGCUCAAGUCUGCCUUCAAGAACUUCAUCGAGAAGGUGGAGACGCUCACCAAGGAGGAGCUGGAGUUCGAGGUCCCCUUCAGAGACCUGGGGUUCCAGGGCGCCCCCUACAGGAGCACCUGCCUGCUGCAGCCCACCUCCAGCGCCCUGUGCAACGUGACGGAGUGGCCUCCCUUUGUGGUCGCCCUGGAUGAGGUGGAGCUGGUUCACUUUGAGCGCGUGCAGUUCCACCUGAAGAACUUUGACGUGGUGAUCGUCUACAAGGACUACAACAAGAAGGUCACCAUGAUCAACGCCGUGCCCGUCAACUCACUGGACCCAAUCAAGGAGUGGCUCAAUUCCUGUGACAUUAAAUACACAGAAGGCGUGCAGUCUCUCAACUGGACCAAAAUCAUGAAGACUAUCGUGGACGACCCCGAGGGCUUCUUCGAGCAGGGUGGCUGGUCCUUCCUGGACCCCGAGAGUGAGGGGAGCGGAGAGGAAGGCAAUGACUCCGAGUCUGAGAUGGAGGACGAGACCUUCAACCCCUCAGCUGAAGAAGAUGAGGAGGAGGAAGAGGACAGUGAUGAAGAUUACUCCUCUGAAACUGAAGACUCUGACUACAGUGCAUCUCUGGGGUCAGAGGAGGAGAGUGGGAAAGACUGGGACGAGCUGGAGGAGGAGGCCAGGAAAGCGGACAGAGAGAGUCAGUAUGAGGACGCAGACGAGGGCUCUAACAGGAAGAGGAAGGGCCGGUCAUCAGCCCCGCCCCCCAGCAGCAAGAAGAAGAGACGGCACUGAAUACCACCUUCAGACCUGUAUAUACCACACACACACACACACACACACACACACACACCAACACACCUUCCUACCGACCUUCCUUUCUCUCUCUAAUGCACACACAGAGGCACUUAAACCCUCACAAAGUUAAUUACAUGUGCAUAUUCUUUAACUUCUCUCCCCAUUUCAUUCACAUUCAAAUACAUUCUCUCUCACAUACACACGUAUGUGCGCACGCAUGCACAUGCACACGCAAAUGGUUACCAGUGUUAUGGUCUCCUUUCGCUCCUGUGUUCCUUUCUCUUUAAACCAGGCAUCCCUCCAUCCCUCUCACAGAGGAGGGGUCAGAGGUCAUGUAUGUGAGAGAGGCGUCUCAUUGUGUAGGUGUUUAUGAAACCUGGUCUCGUGUUCUUCAGAACAUCUGUGUUUUCACUGUCUUUUCAGGGGACACUGUGUGUGUGCACG